AUGAAUACCAAAGGUAAAGAUGGAGAGCAUCACAACAGGUGGCUGGAUCUUAGCCUCAGGCAAGCUACAAACAACUCGCCAUCGAGACCGGUCGCGGUGAAGGUAUGCCACUUCUGCAAGAGGAAAUUCUACAGUGCACAAGCACUAGGGGGUCACCAAAAUGCACACAAGAGGGAGAGAGAUGCUGCUAGAAGAUAUCAUUCGCUUAUCACGCCUGCGUACGGUCGGACACUCGGUGUGCCACUGCAAGCUCACUCGGUUGUACACAGACCGAUUACUGGGACAACAGUGGCCGAAGCCAGUGGUAAUAAUAAGUAUGCAGUUGCAACCGCAGCAGCCGCAGACGCUUGGGUCCGUAUGCAUGGGCAGGAAAGAAUGUGGCAUGGAGGUUACUAUUUAGAUCCACAAAUGGCGGAUUCGCAGCCAUCGGAUACGGAUCCAGAUCCAAUAACACUUGACUUGAAUCUGAAGCUGUGA